AUGGCUCACUUAUUCAGCAAUUCGGGACUAAAUGAAGGAGUUCUUGAUAAUUUUGAACCUGAGCUUCAAGAAAUUAUUUUAUCCUUGGAGCUACCUCCUGUGAAUCCUGUGAGUCCAAUGAUAAAUUCCAAUGAAUCUGAUGCCUGUCACAAAGUUUUUGAUCGAGAAUCAUCGACGUAUGAGCAACGAUCAAUUAAAAAAAAGAAUUCAGUUCAACGCGCAGAAAGAGAACUGCUUUUACAACUGAUCAACUUUUACAUCUGGAGAAGGAGUUCAUCACCCAGGGCAAGUACUUGGGAAAAAAUCAAAAUCGCCGGAGAUUUGGGAUUAAGUGAUCGACAGGUUACAGUUUGGUUUCAAAAUCGUCGCAUAAAAGAUAAGAACGCUGGAUCAAUCAAAGUCGACAAAGACGCGGAGAAGGAUCCUAAGACCGCUCUGCCUGAUAAUCAAAUUGGAUGCAAACAGAGACACAUGGAAAUCAAGAAAGAAAUAACAUACCAAAACACUGGCUUUGUUGCUUCUGCUUCUGCUUCUGUUCCUGCUCCAGUUAUAAUUCACGGACGUGAGAAUCAAAUGCAUACUCUCAACUACAGCAGCAAGUCAUCUACUGUCAUCCCCCAACAUCACCUGAGUAGUUGGAAUUUCCAUAAUAGAAUCAACUACGACACAAUUCAAAAUCAGAAUUAUAAAAAUUUUAAUGGUCCUGACUGGAACUAUAAUUUCAUCAAUGAACAUUGUUCAAUUUCCAACGGAUACGCACACGAAGUCAAAGCUAAGGAAACAUUUCACACUUAUUAUUUAAAUAAUUGCACUUCUAAUAAUCAUGAUUAUUAUCCGCUUGGCUGGAAUAAGUAG